CCCAACCCUCCAUCCUCUGUUUGGUAGGCGAGAAAACUUGAUGGAAAGUGAGGGAGAAAAUCAGUCAAUCAAACUCACUGAAGCUGAUCAAAUGGAAAGCAAGGAAACCCAGUUCAAGUCAUCUUCAGAGGAGAAGAGUGUGAGUGUGCACGAGACAGAGAAUCAGAGUGAGAACGAAAGCCAGAGAUUGCAAUCGGAGGCUCUGGCAAAAGCACUAUCUUCGACGCUCACGACCGUCAUUAAAGAGUUCGAUUCAAAAGCUCAGCAAACCUCCACAAGCCAAGACCACCUCUCUCAAUCGCUCGAUCGCCUUACCCGCGAACUUGAUAAGUUGCUAGAAGAUGCGCCGCUGCCGUUCAUAAUGCAGCACUCGGCCAAGAUUUCUGUCGUUAGGAAGAGAGUUUCGUCGUUGAAUUCGGUUUUGAAGUCCGUACAGCGCCGUCUUGAUAAUAUAGACCGCAUGCUGUCUGUCGGCGCCUCACACCAACAUCAACAGCAACAACAACAACAACAUGAUAAGGCAACCACAGAACAUUCAGGGCUACAGUAAUAUAGUUUUGUCUUGAAGUUAUCUCCAGAAAGGAUCAAGCAUAGUAUUGGGACUGCACGGGGCAACCUUAGAGUUUUACCUCCGUCAACUACUUGAAUAAGAAUUUUUCGAUCUUGGGACGAAGCUAGAUGAGCUGUCUCAAACCCCACAUGGAUGCCCUAUCAAUUGGAACAUACACAUGACCUUGAGUUCAGAGUUUCGGCAGUGACGAAGGUGAUUAUUAGGUUAGGAUGGUGGGCUGUGGCUUGAACAUUGAUUGGGUAUAUAUCUAGGUUUCAAUAGGUUGAAUGGUGGUAGUUUGUAUAGGUAGCAAUGGAAGCUCGCUACGUUGGCAUCGUCCCUCUUAUCAAUUUUGAUUUGAUUCAGAUAUGAGAUUUGUUUUCUUCA